AUGGAAGAAAAGCUUCGAGAAGCCUUACGUACUUGUGCAUCGCAAGAAACUUUUGCUGUGCCGUUCUCAGAAAUUAUGGGAACCGGAAAAGUUUAA